AGGGGGGAAAAAAACACGAAAAGAAGAAGUUCACCAGCGACAGUUUGGUUAACACUUUCAUCACAAACUCACAAAUUGUGAAUUGUCCGUGUUUCGACAAUUGUGUAAAAUGUCUACUCGGGCUCUUCGAAGACUCAAAGGGAAACAACGAGGUCAGGAAGCUUUGGAGGUCGGAGAUCUGGCUUUAAAUGAAAGUCCGGAGGAGGAGCUGGAAGCUAACGCCGCGUCUCCAGCAAACACAAGUCACCGAAAGGCAAAAAACAACAAAACUCAGAAAAACUUCAACAUUUAUGAACUGAUAUGUCAUGCAGAGAAUGAGCCAGAAAAAGUAUCACCUGAUGAAGACACAGAAAAACCACAUAAGAAUACUUUCCAUGGCAGAGGACAAAGCGAUAACGGAGACAAUGAAAUGACUGAACAAAAGAAAGUGGAAGUAACGAAUAAGUGUUUGUCUGGUGACAGAGUUAAAAAGAAGAAGAAAAAGAAGAAGCCAAAAGUGACCUCAGAAGAUGGACAGGAGCCUAUGCAAGAUGAGAAUAUUGAUUUAUUGUUGCAGAACCUGGAAAAAUCAAAUGGUGUGACCUUGCAGAAUGAGGACUGUGGAAGCUCAGACAGAAAGUCUGUGCUGCAAGUGGAGCACAGGAAUCUGAUUCCAGAGACAGAGCUUAAGCGAUAUUUUGGGGCCCGAGCAGUUUUUGGAGAUCAGAGACCUCGUCAGAGAAACAGACAAUUUCAUCGAAGCACGUGGAUGACUGCUCCUAAAGAAAGCUGGCCUCGCUUCAGUCGUACAGGAAUGUCAAUGACCCUACUCCAGUCAAAGGAUGGCAUUCAGUACUUUACUUUUGAGCAUAGUCGGGACUACCAACAAGUACAGUUCAAGUUCCUUGAUGCAGUGGAGUCCAUGGAUCCCAACAACAUUGUGGCUCUGCUGCAGAUGAACCCGUACCACAUUGAUUCCCUGCUGCAGCUCUCUGAUGUGUGCCACCUACAGGAGGAUCAGGAGAUGGCCAGAGACUUUAUUGAGAGAGCCUUGUACAGCUUUGAGUGUGCUUUUCACCCAUUAUUCAGUCUGACCUCAGGUGCCUGCAGGCUCGAUUAUCUCAGACCGGAGAACAGGGCAUUUUAUUUGGCUCUUUAUAAACACAUGAUGUUUCUGGAGAAAAGAGGAUGCCCACGGACAGCUUUGGAGUACUGCAAACUGAUUCUGAGCUUGGACCCAGAUUCUGACCCGCUUUGCAUGUUGCUGCUCAUUGACUACCUUGCACUGCGUUCAAGAGAGUACCAGUGUCUUCUUCACUUAUAUCAGGAUUGGGAGGAGCACAGAAAUCUGUCCCAACUACCAAACUUUGCAUUUUCCACUGCACUUUGUCAGUUUCACCUCAGUCAGCAGGAAGAUAUCAGUUCUGAAGAAAGUGACAAACUAAGACAGAAGGCUGAUGAGGUCCUGCAGAAAGCUCUUAUCAUGUUCCCUUCAGUCUUGAUGCCUUUAUUGGAUCAUUGUUCUGUGCAGCCUGAUUCCACAGUCUCAUCACAUGCUUUCUUUGGCCUUAAAACGCAGUUAGGGCAGGCCCCAGCCUUAGCAGAAGUGGUUGGUCUAUAUGUGGGGAGGACCUUCAGCCUGUGGAGAGAGCCCACAGUAAUGCUUUGGAUGGAAGAGUGUGUGAAGGAGGUGUUACAAAGAGUUGAUGCCAAAGAUCCUCUCGUGGAAUACUGCCAAAAUAAGAGAAUGCAGCGGUACCAGAGUGCUCCACGGAACAUUCAUCGCCAUGUCCUGCUGUCUGAGAUAAAAGAAGCAACUUCCAGUCUGCCUCUAGAGGUGACUACUCAGCCUGUGAUGGGUUUUGAUCCUCUGCCUCCUCUUGAUUCUGUGACAUCAUACACCCGCCCAGAGAGGCCACGUGUUGGAGCCUCGGGUGAGAGUACAUUAUCACUGUUUUUCCGGUCUUUGCUGCCAAAUUUCAAUCUUCAGGGCGGACAAAGGCAGGUGGACGACUUGGAAGUGGCUCGAGCUGGUCAGGAACUGAACCAGGAAGUAAAUCGCCUAAUGGUGGCCAUGAGGGACAUGCUGGCAAACAUCAGAUUUCAAGAGCCACCACGAGAAGACAACCCCGACAGAGAUGAGGACGAGUGGGACUGAGAGAGGACAGAGACGGUGUGAUUACGUACUGAAGAUAACAUUUGGUGUAAAAAUGAGCAAACCUAUAUAACUGACCAUAAGUUAUGUCAUGAAUUUAAUAAAUUAUAGAACAGAUUCAGGGGGAUGUCAGAUUACUUAUGGUUUUUAUAAUUAUUUUGUCCCUAAGAUGUUCUCUUCACUUUAAUGACCAAUGUUCUCCCAGGAUGAGACAACAGUUUGAACUAUCCCUGCCACCAAAGUCAUUUAUAAUAAAGGGCAUUUUGGCUCCAGCUUCUCCUU